CUAAUGGACUACAACCACCAGAGGGGGCGCUAGUGCGACAACAGCCUUUUUAACCCAAGAAGAAGAAGAAGCCAACAUGGCGCAUCCCUGGCAAAAUGGAUUCUCCUUGUGUAAUUGACGGCUGAUUUUAAAGUCAUCUUCAAACACAUCUGCCAAUGACGAACGAGCGCUUUAUGUACCCGAUAUUAAACCGAGCAUCCGGAUACAGCAGCACAGGAGCAACCAUUAAGCACCAAAAGAGCCAAAAAUAGCUGGAUCACAGCUGUGCGGACGUCUUUCCAUUGGCUCAUGCACUGACAGGAAUCUGCCAGGUGGUGUUGGCUGGUUGGGGAACAGAGCAUGUGGAGUGGCUCCUGUUACUAUGGAGUCAAAGGAUAAGCAGCAGGAGGAAGAUCCUGUUACUUUGGGCCUGUUGACCCAUCAAGCUCUGGGAAGACUCAGGGAUCAGCUUGGCGACCUGUUGGACCAGUACCAGAAGACGACCAGCAAACGGGUCUCUGCACAGGAACACUGGGUGAGUAGCUUCCUUUACCAUGGCAACCGCCACUCCUGUCUCCACUGGCCGGGAGCUGCUCUCACUAUUUUGGUGGCACUGGGACUUUUGUGUUGCUAUGGCAGCCAGCCAAAAGGCAGUUCCGGUAGUGAGGUGGUGAAUGCCGCUGCUCUCGUCAUCCUCUUGCUGGUGAAUCUGCUGCUGGUCAGACGACAGGAGAUGCUGAAAAGGAGUGAGAUGGUCCGUCGCCUCAAAGGCAUCGUAACGCAGCUUAGCGAUUAUCUUUCUGGUUGGGUGGGCGAAGUACGGUGGCCUGUAUCGCUUUAUCCUGAUCUAUACACACCUUCGUCACCAUCGUGGUCUCUUCAUUGGACAUACCGUGACUCCCAGUUGGUCAAUCUGCCUGUCAGUCUGCUGGUGGAAGGAGAUAUUAUUGCUCUGAGACCCGGACAGGAAGCAUUUGCAUCUCUCCGAGGAAUAAAGGAUGAUGAACACAUUGUAUUGGAGCCCGGAGAUUUGUUCCCCCCAUCCUCUCCAUCUCCUUCUGCGCUGGCCAAUGAGAAAAGAGGACCGCAUAGCCCACAGCAACAUCGUCUCUUCAGAGUUGUCAGGACUCCAGUUCUAGACACAGUUAGGAGUUGUUUGGAGUUGGCAGGCUCUCGGCCAAUCACCGUCCUCGACAAUGAGCGUUUUACAGUGCAGUCCGUCAUCACCAAGCUGGUCUGUCCUGUGGUUCUGGCGGCCUUUCUGCUGGUAAACUCAGUGCGAUACUUUUGUGAUGCGCCCAACCUCACUCCCACCAGCUACAAUUUCUUGCAGCUUCAGUUGAUGGGUGUGCUGCCCGUCUUACCGCUGCUAUUCCCCAUCAUGUGGGUACUGGUCAAUGCCUUUGGAGAGGCCCGGGUCCUUGCCGAGUUCAGCCGUGUAUCUCCAGCAGGACUGCUUGCAAAAUUCUCGGAGGACACUCUAAGCAGCUACACUGAAGUGGUUUCCUCCCAGGAGAUGAUGCUGUGUGUGUGGAGACAUCUCAUUGGUGUCCUGAAGGGAGCAUCGCAGACUCUCUGUUACACAUCCAGCCUUUUACACACGCUUGGAUCUGUCACUGUCUUGUGUUGUGUGGACAAACAGGGUAUCCUAUCCUGGCCGAACCCGAGCCCCGAGACUGUGCUGUUCUUCAGCGGACGAGUGGAACCACCUCACAAUAGCCAGGAAGAUCUCAUAGACGGCCUGUCAGUCAACUCCUACUGCAGAAUGGAGACCUAUGAAGACAGGGAUGAGCAGGCCCUGGAAGUGGAAGCUCUUCUUUGUCAAACAGCGGAGCUUAGCACCCAGCUUGGGGAAACACCUGAGCCCAGUGAGGCGACUCAUUCAACAGAAACACUAAGGCUUCAGCGCUCCUGCCAACCCGGAAACGCUCGCACCAAACACAACUCCGGAUCCAACGUGAGCUACAGUCGUGACACAGAAGGCGGUGAAGACCAGUCCCAGGAAUUUGGGAUUGGCUGCCAAGAAACGGAAGCAGACGAUUUUGUGUGCGACUACCACCUGGAAAUGCUGAGUCUGUCUCAAGACCAGCACAACCCCGCUAGCAUCCAGUUUGAUGAUCUGUCAUGGCAGUGCCACUUGCCUUCGCUCAAACCCCUGGGCCUCAACAUCAUGCUCAACCUCUGCAACACCAGCGUCACCCAGCAGCUUUGCCGCUUCUCCGAUCAUUUGUCCAAUCUAGCGGUGCAGGAGAGCCACGGCAGCGUGCAGCCAGUUUGCGUUCCCUGGGGGCUCUGCGAGCUCUCCAGGCUCAUAGGGUUCACUCCCGGUGCCAGGGAGCUCUUUAAACAGGAGAGCCACCUAGCUCUUUAUCAGCUGCCAACCGGAGAAAAUGCUAAAGAUCUGCCUUCCAGACGCCUGCAUUACUUCACCAAGCGUCAGCCGCCUCUCUCCCACCUGAUCUCCCUCUUUGUACGAGACUCUUCCUCCAAUAAUGUCCAGAUGCUGUCCCAUGGUACAGCUGACCUGAUCUUGGAGGCCUGCACUGACUUUUGGGAUGGAGCUGAUAUUUAUCCCCUCUUAGGAUCCGACAGAAAAAAGAUUCUGGACUUCUACCAACGUGCCUGCCUCUCCGGUUAUUGCUCAGCCUUUGCCUAUAAACCCAUGCAAGUUUCCUUGUCCGGCCAAUUGAAUGGGAAGUGUGUGGAGCUGGCCCCUGGACCCUGUCUCUUCUCAGGACUGGAGCUCCCCUUCACCACUCCCAUCAAGUACAAUUCCUGCAGGAACAGUUGGAGCUCAGACGAAGGAAUUGGUGAAGGAGUGGAACGUGACGAUUGUGUUCAAGCCCUGAGCGGACAGAUAUUCAUGGGCAUGGUAUCGUCCCAGUUCCAGGCUCGGCUGGAUACAGUCAGGCUCAUUGACGCCCUGAUCACUGCAUGCAUUCGUUUUGUUUACUUUUCCAUGGAGGAUGAACUCCGUAGUAAGGUUUUUGCAGAGAAGAUGGGUUUAGAGACUGGCUGGAACUGUCAUAUCUCACUGACUUCAAUCGGAGAUGGUCCCUGUGAAGCGGUUCCUUCCAGCCCCGGUCACGGCUCCCUUCAUGAGGACCUGAACCAAGAUUCACGAGAUGAAGCUGAUGGACCGCUGCUACAAGAGGAGGAGGCGCACUCUGACCUGGCCAGCUUUCAGCCAACAGAUAGCGAUGUGCCCAGCUUUCUUGAAGACUGCAACAGGGCAAAGCUUCCUCGGGGCAUUCACCAGGUUCGACCUCACUUGAAGAACAUCGAUAAUGUGCCUCUAUUGGUGCCACUGUUCACCGACUGCACCCCUGACACCAUGUGUGAGAUGAUAAAGAUCAUGCAAGAGAACAGGGAGGUUACAUGCUGUUUGGGAAGCGCCGCUAAUUUCCGCAACAGCCGCCUGUUUCUACAAAGUGACCUCAGCAUUGCUCUAGAUCCAAUUUACCCAUCUCAGUGCUCGAGGGAGACGUUUGGCUAUUCCACGUGGAGUCCGUUCAACAGUAACGCGGAAGGUCUGUCUCCUCUGAGACUCUCGGGGCAACUCAACAGUCUUGGCUGCUCCGUCACCUUUCACCAAGGAGAGAGCGUCAGCAUGAUCAAGCUCAUUGAACAGGCACGACACACAACAUACGGCAUCCGCAAGUGCUUCCUGUUUCUGCUGCAGUGUCAGCUCAGUCUGGUCAUCAUUCAGUUUUUAGCCUGUUUAGCUCAGCUCCCUCCUCCCAUGAACAUCACCGACAUCCUCUGGCUGUCUUGCUUCAGCUGCCCACUGCUAAGCGUGUCGCUUCUGGGAAAGCCACCAGACAGUUCGGUCAUGACUGUUGCUACUGGGAAGAACCUUGAUGCCAUUCCCAAAAAGACUCAAAACUACUUCCUGGGCUGUUUUGUUUUGAAGUUUGGCCUGACGGUGUGCGCCUAUUUGUUGGCCUUUGGCUUUACUCUCCAAGAGAUCUGCAGCAGAAGCACAAACGUCACCAUGUUUGACAACACCUCUGGAAUUUGCCUGCAUAUACUCACAGCCAGCUCUUCAGACCAUGCUCCUCGUUGGUUCUGUGAACUGUCCAAUGGUCUGCUGUUGACUCAGAAGGUCAUGACGGGUUUCCUGGUCUUGCAUACAGUGGUGAUCUCGCUAAGCUACGUCCACCGCUCUCAGCCUUUGUGGCGAAAGAGUCCUUUCAGCAACACCUGGUGGUGUCUCACCGUACCUGUGGUUCUGCUCAGCCAGGUUGUCCAAGCCACGAUUGAUUACCAGUUGUGGCGUGACCGGGACAGCCUCCUGAACUUUGGACUGAGCGACAUACCUCUGCUUGGAUGGCUGCUUGUGUGUCUGUCGCCUCUGCUGGUGGUGGUGGUCAAUGAGGCGGUCAAGCUACAUGAGAUCAGGGUGCGAGUUCGCUACCAAAAGAGACAGAAGCUGCAGUUUGAAACGAAGCUCGGAAUGAACUCUCCAUUCUGAUGACGUUGAUGAAGCACCAGUGCCCAAGUCGUAUCCGCCGGCAGCUGAAGAACGUCGGCAUAGCAACACAAAGACACAACGUAGCACUGAUGCAGCGGAUGCCAACAAGUCUCCUUUUCCUUGGCUUUCUUACAGACGACUUCUCUUGCAUGAUUUUACUCAGCACCUCAAGACCAUAUUGGGACAUCAAACGAUUUUAAUGACUUUUUAAAGAUGUUUUAUGGUGGAACAGAACAUUUUAUCACCGACUUUAUCCAUUCCAAAACUUUAUUUAGAGCACAUGCAUUUUUUUUUAGCAGAGGAUGUCAACUAAUUGUGACGCCUACUGUAUAUUUAAAAGGAAUUCAAAGAAAGCCUCUUUUCCGACUGGCUUUCUGGAGCAGUGCGGAAUCACGUGUACUCUUUUUUUUUUUUUUUUUUGAGAAUAUCACAUGUGAGUAAGCGAAAUUGCGCUGUCAAUCACAAAUCACUUUACAAAUAAAAAAACAAACAAAGACCAAAGUCUAUUAUGUGUCGCAUGGCCAAAAGGUACAGUGGCAACAGCCCAAACAUAAUUACAGAAGAGAAGCACAAUGGAAAAUGGCCAUGACAAAUAUUUGACAUAAACGGGUUCCAUGGACUUUAAUUCAAGUUCUUAUGUGCACCGAUUGUUGAUGUUUUUAUAUACUGUCCUGUACUGUACUGUUUCCAUAAUAGGGGACACCCAACUCACCUUGAUAUGACACCAUGUAGGAAAUUGGGCCCAUGAGGACGAGGUGAGAUUUUAAUCUUCAUUUUAACAAAAGUACAAUGAAAAAAUGGACAAAGUUUUGAAAUGUUUAUUCUCCAAGAAAUUGACGCUACAACAACAUUUUUGGAGACCAAAUAAACUAUCAUAAUAAUAUUUUCUUUAAUAUGUCAUCUUUCACAGCUAGGAGACCAGGGUUCAAUUCCACCCUCGGCCAUCUCUGUGUGGAGUUUGCAUGUUCUCCCCGUGCAUGCGUGGGUUUUCUCCGGGUACUCCGGUUUCCUCCCACAUUCCAAAAACAUGCUAGGUUAAUUAGCCACUCCAAAUUGUCCAUAGGUAUGAAUGUGAGUGUGAGUGGUUGUUUGUCU